AUAUUCAGCUGCUCGUCUUUUUCCUAUUUCCAAACUACAUUCAUCUCUCUCUCUCUCUCUCUCUCUCUGUAACUCUAUAAAUUGAGCUUUGAUCUUGAUUAUAGAAUGGGUAGUCUAGUACAUAACAAUGAAAUAUGUCCAGAACCAGAUGAAGAAGGAAAAUGGGGAGUCGAAAUGGUUGAUUCGGAGUCCCUUGUGACGAAGAAGAGAAGUGGAGCGCAUUUGACAUGGGACGACCUUCGAGUUUCUGUUUCAAGCUCUCAUGGAAAAGAUGGAUGUAAAACCAUACUUUCUGGUGCAACUGGUUAUGCUAAGCCAGGAGAGAUUGUGGCCAUUAUGGGUCCUUCUGGCUGUGGCAAAUCUACUCUCCUUGAUUCUUUGGCUGGUAGGUUGGCAGCAAACGUAAGGAAUACCGGACACAUUCUAAUAAACGGAAGGAAGCUAAGACUCACAUAUGGCACCAUGGCUUAUAUGACACAAGAACAAGUUUUAACAUGGACUUUAACGGUUAAAGAAACGGUAUACUAUUCAGCUGAACUACAACUGCCUAAGUCCAUGCCAAGAUCCCAGAAGAGGGAAAGAGCAGAUAGAAUUAUAAGUGAGAUGGGGCUCCAAGAUUCCAUGAACACAAGAAUAGGUGGUUGGGGAAUAAAAGGACUUAGCGGUGGCCAAAAACGACGUCUAAGCAUCUGCUUAGAACUCCUAACACACCCCGCACUUCUCUUGCUUGACGAGCCUACGAGUGGUCUUGACAGUGCAGCGUCAUAUUAUGUCAUGGAGCGGAUCGUUAAGCUCACUCGACAAUAUGGGAUGACAGUUUUAGCAGCUAUUCAUCAACCUAGUAGCCAUGUUUUUGGGCUUUUUAACAAUCUAUGUCUUCUCUCUUUAGGGAAAACAAUAUACUUUGGUCCUACUUUUGCAGCAACUCAGUUUUUUGCAGCAAAUGGUUUUCCUUGUCCGGAUCGACAAAAUCCUGCAGAUCACUUUCUCAUCACUAUCAACACUGACUUUGAUGAGGGCCAUGCUGGUGGACAUUUAGCUGUUGAGAAAGUAGUUGAUAUACUUUCUGAAUCCUACAAGUCAUCUGAGAUAUACAUGGAUGUCAAAAGUGAAAUAGCUGCUAUAUGUGGACAGGAAGGAGACCAGACUGAAAAAGCAGGAAACCUGAAAGCUUGUUUCAUCACACAGUGCCGGGUGCUUGUAAAAAGAUCAUUCAUAAACAUGUAUCGCGAUAUAGGAUAUUACUGGUUACGGCUUGGUAUAUAUAUUGCUUUGGGCUUUGCAGUGGGAACAGUUUUCUACGAUCUUGGUUCCGGAUUCGGCUCCUUAAACGCUAGGAUUUCAAUGCUUAUGUUUGUCUCUUCAUUCCUUACCAUCUUGGCCAUUGGUGGUUUCCCCUCAUUCAUGGAGGAAAUGAAGGUCUUUCAAUGGGAAAGAUUAAAUGGCCAUUAUGGGGUUGGAUCAUUUGUUAUCAGCCAUGCGAUCUCCUCAACACCCUACCUACUUCUGAUAUCUUUUAUCCCAGGAGUAAUAGCUUACUCGCUUGCCGGCCUUCAGAGAGAAUAUGAACAAUUCAUCUAUUUUGCAUUAGUGCUCUUUGCAUCAAUGUUACUCGUUGAAUGCCUUAUGAUGAUCGUAGCUACCAUCGUGCCAAAUUUACUCAUGGGCAUAAUAACAGGUGCUGGAAUCCAAGGCUUGAUGAUACUUAGUGCUGGCUUUUUUAGAUUGCCAAAUGAUCUAGCUCAUGUAUUCUGGAGAUACCCUAUGUACUAUAUUUCAUUCCACAGGUUUGCAUUACAAGGGUUGUACAAAAAUGAGUUUCAAGGUCUCAAGUUUCCAGAGUAUGUGGGAGGUCCCCCUACCAUUGAUGGUGACAUGAUAUUGAAGGGUUUACUGCAAGUGCAGAUGGGAUACUCUAAGUGGGUGGAUCUUGGAGUCUUAUUUGGGAUGGUGUUUGUAUAUAGGAUAUUACUCAUCUGCGUUAUAAAGACAACAGAAAGGGUGAAGCCUAUUAUUAGAGUUUUCUUAUUGAGUAUUACUUGAUGAAACUAGAAUCCAUGUAGCGAGAAUCUCUCUUUUGUGUAUACAUCUACUAUCUAUAUGAAGCUAGCUUGUAACUUGUAAUUUAUCUCAAGCCAAAAUAAGUCUAAGUACUUUUUCUUGUGUCAA